AUGCCAGCCAAUGAAAAACAUGGACUAGAUAUUGCUCCCGCUCGGCGUCCUGGUUGCAAGAGCCAUUUGAACAGGUUGCUUGCGGCCGGCUUAAUAGCUUCCGCAGCACUCUACUGCUGCCGUGACAGAAUUCUCUAUGAUGCUCGCGGCUUGUUUGUUGGUAAUCCUGAGCCCAAGGAUUAUUGCAAGCAAGUUAAACCAUUUGACGCAUCGAAUUGGACAGCUGUAUACGAUGCAGACGGUUUCGAGGCCAAAGCUGCAGAGCUGCUCGGUGGUGCGGUUCGGAUCCCGACCGAGUCGUUUGAUAACAUGGGGAACGUUGGGGACGAUGACCACUGGGUCGUAUUCGACAAAUUGCACAAAUAUCUGGAGAAACAAUUCCCCAAAACGCACAAGGCGCUCAAAGUGGAAAAAGUAAACACCUAUGGCCUACUCUUCACCUGGAAAGGGUCCGAUUCGUCAUUGAAGCCGUUGGUACUUAUGGGUCACCAAGAUGUCGUACCUGUUGAUCCCAAGACCGUUGACCAAUGGAAGCAGCCUCCUUUCUCGGGAUAUUACGAUGGCACGUACGUAUGGGGAAGAGGGAGUGGUGACGACAAGAGCGGUUUGAUCGGUAUUUUGGCCACGGUCGAGAGCUUGCUUGAUCGAGACUUCAAACCGACACGCACCCUGGUUCUAUCGUUUGGUUAUGAUGAAGAAGUUGGAGGGCCGCGAGGAGCGAAACCAUUGGCGGAGCGAAUUUUAGAAAUUUAUGGCCAAGAUGGCAUUGCGAUGAUCGUGGACGAAGGAGAUACCGCAGGUUCUGUUGUCACGGACAAAGGAGUCGCCAUUGCUCGUCCAGCUGUGGGUGAGAAGGGGUACAUGGAUGUCACAAUCGAGGUCCGCACGCCUGGAGGCCACUCGAGUGUUCCUCCUUCUCAUACAUCGAUUGGUAUUCUUUCCAAAAUCAUCGUCGACUUUGAAGAUAAUCCCUACUCGGUUAAGCUUCACCGAAGCAAUCCCAUGUACACUUUACUCCAAUGCGAGGCCGCGUAUGCUGCGCCCGAUGCAUUUGUCCCAAGGUUCAGGAAGGCCAUCGAACGUUCACUCGUUAGUGACAAAGCACUCGAGUUUGUGACUGAAGUCAUGUCAAUGGAUCGUGUCUGGAGGGCAUUUGUUGGUACCACCCAGGCUGUUGAUAUCGUAAAUGGUGGCGUCAAGGCAAAUGCACUUCCUGAACAAGCUAAGGCUUUAAUCAAUCAUCGCAUUGCAAUUGAAAGUUCUAUUGCGGACGUUCAGAAGCACAUUGAAAUCAAGCUCGCCCACUGGGGUAAGACGUACAACUUGUCGGUCGAGGCGUUUGGAAAGAACGUCUCGAGGGGGAAGGCGCCAUUCUAUGGAACAGUUACUGCCAGCACAACUGAUACAACAGCUAUCGACGUUGCUCCCGUAUCGCCCACCGACUCCGAAGCCAAACCCUGGAAUGUACUGUCGAGUAGCAUCCGUGGUGCUUACAGGGACAGCAAGAACCCAAAGGUUGCUGAAGGCGACAUCAUCGUGUCUCCAGCCCUGAUGAGUGGGAACACCGAUACUAAGUUCUACUGGAAGCUCACUAAGCACAUCUUCCGGUACAACCACCACUUUGCUUCCGAUUUAUACAACGGGGCUCACACUGCUAACGAAGCCUACAAAGCUAGCGGCUUCGUAGACAUGAUCAAGUUCUUCACAACACUGAUCAUUAACGCCGACCAACCUGACGCUCUCUAA